AUGAGAGAAAAUGCAGGAAGGUUACAGAGUCAUUAUGAUACGAGAGCAACUAUUUUGGAUAUUUUGAAGUACCAACCCUCCUCUAACUUCACCGACCGUUCCACCCUCCAAAUUCCUGGCGAAAAAGGCAACUCCUAUCUUCGUCACCAGCCAAGUACCCCUCGAAACUGUGAAACUUUGCCAAUUCCUGAGCAAUACUGUAUUUGUCAAUCGAACACGACAAGUAUGCUGAAAGAUAAAAAGCUGAUUGAGCGUUUGUCGAAAAGUUUAAUAGAUUAUGUACAUGGAAAACUUGAUGGAUGGAAUCUAACCUCGUUGUGUCAUAAGUUUGAAGUUGAGAAGGUAACCGUUUUGGACCUCCACAUCUCUAAAUCCACCUCUAAAUCCACCUAUGAUAUAUCUGUGAAGACUAAACAUGCAGCACACUUUGAGACGCUUAUCACAGAAGAUAAGAAAACGAAGAAUUUGGAAUUCGGAGGAAUUACAAGGCUGGAUAAGUAUAAGGACACUGCAGACUGCUCGAAACCGAUUCGAUUCACUCCGCUUUGUUAUUGUAGGAAAUGA